AUGUCCUUCGCGUUCAACUUCGCACUGGACGGCACUCCUGCUGCCCCAGCAGCUCCGUCCACCUCGGAUGUCUGCGUGCCCAUGCGCAAUGGCGAGAGAUUCGUGUGGUCUCCGUCUCCUUCGGCCUUCUCCACCGUUCAGGUGGGCGACAUGACGUUCGAGAUCGUCAAUACUUCGGACGCAGACUUCCAAGCCCGUACGGGCGCCAUCAGCUCCAUUUUAACGACAUCUGACGUCGAAACAGGCGUAUAUGAGGGUGGAUUUAAACUAUGGGAGUGCGCUGUAGACCUCGUCAAGUUCGUAGAGACGCAGCUCCGUCAGGAGAAGCUUCAGAUGCCUCCAUCAGUGUUGGAACUGGGCUGCGGGCACGGAUUACCCGGCAUCCACGCGCUGCAGCGAGGUGCAGAGCGCGUCGUAUUCAGUGACUACAACAAGGAAGUGCUGGAGCUCACGACAUGCCCCAAUGUACACCGGAACGCUCAGGAACUGUACAAUAAAGCCGAGUUCUAUGCUGGAGGAUGGACUAGUAUGUCCCAAUACAUGAAAGACGUGGAGCAUCAGACGGAGGAGCAAAUGCAGUUCGACCUCAUCUUGACAGCUGAGACCAUCUACACAGAGACUGUGGCAGUGGAAUUGUACCAGACGAUCAAGCGGCAUUUGCGCCGCUCUCCAAACGCGCGUGCACUUGUGGCAGCCAAGAAGUACUACUUCGGCACCAAUGGCAGUGUGCAGCACUUUGUCGGUCUCGUACAAGCCGACAGUGUGUUCCGAGCUGAAACUGUAUGGGAAGAGUGUGACUGCAAGUCGAAUAUCCGCGAGAUUGUGCAGCUCACUUAUCCUUACUAG